GGGAAAGAUCACACAAGGGGGAGUUUGAACUGAGUUGCGCUUCGGUCAUUGAUAAAAUAUUGAUGAAGGCCAGAGAACAAACGACGACGACAAUAAAGUUGGGAAUCUGCAAAAUUAUAUGUGAACGUUGAUUUCGACUUGACAGCAUGGUGUUUGGUAACAUCGACCCCCCUUCUAUCCGUGUAACACCUCCAAACUCCGACGACGACAUCGCCGAUCGUCUCCACCACAGAUGGACGGUGAUGUUGCUGGCAUUGUUGUCUGGGUUGGUCAUGUAUCAGGGAUAUGUUGGCGAUCCAAUCCAUUGUUGGUGCCCCGCUCAGUUCUCCGAUUCUCACUGUAACUACACCGAGGCUCUGUGCUGGAUCCAAGAGACAUACUUCGUACCCAUUGAUGAAAGUCUCCCCACAGAGGAUGGCAAUAAAAACGCUAAAAUCAAGUACUACCCAUGGGUGCCCGUGAUUCUACUCUUUCUGGCCCUCAGCUACAAAGCUCCAAAUACCAUUUGGAAAAUGUUGAAGACGGCGAGCGGAGUGAACCUUUAUAAGAUGAUCAGCCAUUGCAAUGAUUGCCAGAUUGGCAAGGAAAGGGAACGCGCGAUUGAAGAAGUUGGAGACUUCUUAGAUCGGUGGUUGACGAAUUCAAAAAGAGCAACUUACGGAACAGUUCAUGCUGUCAUUGAAAAGACAUCUGCUUGCUUUUGUUUUUGUCUUGGGAAACGGACUGGGACAUACUUAGCAGGCCUGUAUCUGGGUGUUAAGAUCUGCUAUCUGGCAGUGUCUAUCAGCAUGAUAUUAUUAUUGAACAAAUUUCUUGCCAUCAAAUAUACAUUUUACGGAUAUGAAGUUUUAGAAAACAUUGUGGCUAACAGAGAACUCCCUGAAUCACCGCGAUUUCCCACAGUGAUAUUGUGCGAGUUCGAUAUUCGACAAAUGCAAAAUAUUCAACGGUACACCGUACAAUGCGUGCUUUCUGUGAACUUGUACAAUGAAAAGAUAUUUGCCUUUUUGUGGUUCUGGUUUGUGCUGAUGAUGAUGCUAGGCCUCUACAGCUACAUCAUGUGGCUCAAGAGGAUCAUCAUCCCGUCAAUGAGGCGUGACUUUGUGAAUGAAUAUCUGAGCUAUAUCGAUAAAGAUCUUCUUAAGGGGAAGAAUUUGAAAGUCGUGGAAAAAUUUACCCGUGAUUAUCUCUCAACGGACGGUGUAUUUGCCCUCAGGAUGAUUGAAUAUAAUACAAGUGUAGUGGUUGUUAUGGAACUCAUGAAGUGUCUCUGGAACAAAUAUAAGAGAUCAAUCGAGGCGUAGCAAUAUUAAUACAAUUAUCGAUAUGUUAUAGAUGUAUGGAGACAUUGUUCCAAAUAUACAUGCUGGUUGGAACAUUUCAGGAACCGUGACAAAACGUACGUGCAGACAUGUUUCAUGACGGAUCAGUCCAUGACAGAGAUAGGUUCAUGAUAGAAGUAGUUAAGUUCAGGACAGUUCAUCGAUAACAAAUAAUAUUACUCGAUAUAUAAUGAAUAACUCAUCAGGAUGCCAGUUCAUGGCCAAUGGUAGUUUGUUGUGAAUGUUAAUUCACAUUGAAUUAGUUUAUGUUGUGUUUAUGUUAUGUUAUGUUAUGUUCUUGUUUAUCUUAACUUUACGUAGCCGCCCAUGUUGCUUCCGUUAAGAGGUUUUCUAUCAAAGUUUUAUUUUCAUAUCUAAUAGUAGUUUAACCAAACAUUCCACGCUCAUCCCAUUGGCACUUCCCAUUUUAACACUAGCGACGUAUUUUGAUGUCAUGCAUCAAAUAUCUGAAUGCUGCCAUACAGUGGGACUUCCCAUAUUCUGGGGCCAGGCCAGGGCAAAUUGACGUAACAUGUUUGAUUCAAAUCAGUCAAACACCAAAAUAGUUAUCUGCCAUGACCAAUUUGAUUAUGGGAUAUCACUCUAGCAGUUAAUUGUGAUGUCGGUUACCUAUAGAAUAUGCCAACAUUCCCACUUGACACUUAUUACAACGUCAAGGCAUUGGUUGAAAAUGGGAUCCAGACUGUGGAGCACAUCCCUGUAAAUUCGUUAAUUCCUGUUCAAAUGAAAACCGAUACAAGGUGGCAAGGCGUGCCUCCUCAUACAAUCGUUCUAUGCAUGAUAACGUUUCAGGUAAUGCGUCAACCGUUUGGGAUCUAUAUAUAAGUUUCACACUACAUUCCUUGUGAUGACGAUGCUCUAGUUGUUGAUGUUGACGUCACUGUCAUGAGGUCUCCCUGUAUGUUAUACCGUCUACUCCCCAGAAAAAGGUUCAGUUAAUUGGCCAUCGCAUGAUCCGACGUCAUCAACAUAUUAUGACUGUGAUAUUCUAAGGAUUGCAUGAGGCAUAUUUCAAUAUUGCUGUUGUUUUAAAGAAUGUGAUAUCAUAUUCGUCUGUUUGAUAUUUAAGGCACGGCAUUUCGCGGUGCAAAGUUGCGUCCCUUUGGCAUGCCAGGAAUCUAUGAGCAUGGGUUCAAAUCCCAGAUUCGCCCUGAUUAUAUUCUUUGGUUUAUCAGCGCCAUAUCCAUGCUCUCAAAUUUUACCAAAUUGGUAAACAUCUUAUGCCUGUAGAAUUUCGACGUGAUAUAACUGAAAUACUGUUCGAAGUAGCGUGAAAACGAAUUCCUUCACUGUUUUCUAAUGUACUACAUUCCAUUACCUCACACAUGACCAUUUUCUUUUUUUUAAAUACUACUACUUUGUGGUCCCCGUAUUUGUAUUGGGAUAGCGAGUCGAUGAGAGGUAGCAAGUUGUCGUUUUGGAUAUCUUUAGAUUUACUUUUGUUUCAUGGAUAAUCUUUUAUAUUUAGGUUUUGUAUAACUUUAUGAAUAAAAAAGUUCAUACAAUGA